CUAAUACUUUGAUUGACUAGAAGCAGGUGGUUCCAUAAAGGAGGUUUAUCAAGAAGCAUGUUUGAGGUCAAAUUAAAGAAUGAUUAACUAGAGGGAAAGCAUCUGAGGUGAAAGAGCGUCUUUGGAUCAGACGAUUGGCUGCCAGCAGAGGAGGAACAGCUGCAAAGCAACUAGAAGCAGCGAUGGACAAGUUUACUGGAAUGACUGCAAAAGAAACUGUGGAGCAAGUCGCCGCCUCGCUCGGUUGCCCUACAACCUCUGAGCAGGUGGCCACUUUCUUGGACGACUAUGAUGAGUUAAGACACCUCAGGGAGAACUUUUUGGUGCCUAAAAUAGCAGAUCUACCUCCCUCGGAUCUGUCGCUGGUCGAUGGCACCAAAGACAGCAUCUAUUUGGUGGGUAACUCGCUGGGUCUGCAGCCCAAAAUGGCCAAGAAGUACCUGGAGGAGGAGCUGGAAAAGUGGGCUAAAAUGGGUGUGCACGGCCAUAUGGAGGGGUCACGACCUUGGGCCUGGGCUGAGAACAACUUGGAGGAGCUCAUGGGAAGAGUAGUUGGAGCGAAACCGGAAGAGGUGGCACUGAUGAACGGACUGACCGUCAAUUUACACCUGCUAAUGCUAUCAUUCUACCAACCUACAGCUACGCGGCACAAGAUAGUUCUGGAAGACAAAGCCUUCCCUUCGGAUCACUACGCUGUUGAGUCACAGAUCCGACUACGAGGAUUUGACCCCGAGCAGAGCAUGUUGUUGCUAAAGCCCAGACCAGGGGAAGAGACUCUUCGAACAGAGGACAUCCUGGACAUGAUUGAGAAAGAAAGUGCCUCUGUGGCUGUUGUGAUGCUCAGCGGAGUUCAGUACUACACGGGUCAGCUGUUCAACAUGGCCGCCAUCACCAAGGCUGCUCAGAACAAGGGCUGCUUGGUGGGCUUCGACCUAGCUCACGCAGUAGGAAAUGUUGAUCUGCAGCUGCACGAGUGGGGAGUGGACUUUGCUUGCUGGUGCUCUUACAAGUAUUUAAACUCUGGUUGUGGUGGGAUUGCUGGAGCAUUUAUCCAUGAGAAACAUCAAUACACUGUUAAACCUGCGCUGACAGGGUGGUGGGGACAUGACUUGAAAACCCGAUUCCAGAUGAACAAUGUGCUGGAGCUGCAGCCUGGAGUGAGAGGCUUCAGACUAUCCAACCAGCCCGUUCUCCUCGUGUGUCCCCUGCAGGCUAGUUUGGAGGUUUUUAACAUGACCAACAUGCAGGCGCUACGCAGGAAGUCUGUGCUGCUAACGGGCUACUUAGAGUAUUUAAUUGGGCAUUACUAUAGCAAGGAUCCUGGUUGUCCCGGUAAACCUCAUGUCCGCAUCAUCACACCCUCUGACCCGGAGCAGAGAGGCUGCCAGUUGUCAUUCUGCUUCUCCGUGCCAAUCCAGAGAGUCUUCCAAGAGCUGGAGAAGAGAGGGGUGGUUUGUGACAUGCGACAGCCAAGUGUGUUGCGCAUUGCGCCGGUGCCACUCUACAACUCUUUCAGUGAUGUCCAUCGCUUCAUCAACACUUUAGGGGAGGCGAUUGCCACCAGCUGCCAGUGAGCAGUUGGACAACAAAAACUUCUUGGAGAGGUUGUUUAGUGAGCCACCUCCAACCAGCCUCAUUGAGUCCAAUAAAUAAUCAUUUUUUUGGACAACAAAAACUUCUUGGAGAGGUUGUUUGUACUUUUUGUUUUUAAAUGACUUUGUGGGUGACAAUAUUGCUGAAUACAAAGUCUGAUCACUAAAAUUAUUUGAUAGGAAAGGUUUAACUGAAGGUAAGGUCAGAUAGUAAGUGCACAGAAACUAAAGAAAGCUAAUUUCUUUAACAAAAUAGAAUAAAAUAGAAAGCCUUUAUUUUCAUUAUACAGAGUACCACGAGAAAUAAAGCUUUGCCAUAUUGCCAUAACGUAUACAGCUUCAGAUUCAGUUUACAGAUAUUCUAACUCAGUAACUUUUUCUCAGGUGCUUCCAAAUAUUUUUUGUAUGACAGUCAUAGAUGAUAUAUUUAUUGAUGUGAUACUUCUUUUAAUGUAAUAUAACUGUAUACACUAUUGACCUGUUCUUUGUCUAUCCUGUAUCUUCUGUUUAUUCUGAUUGAUCUGAAAGAAUAUAAAUAAUGCAAUUGUAAAAAUAAAAGAAUACAUAACUAAUUGAAAAGGAUUUAAGUCAGGGGUGAAAGUGGGCCAGAACGGUCAGGAACACAGUUCCGGUAUAAGAUUCAGGGCCAGAACGCAGUUCCGGUAUAAGAUUAAGGACUGGAAUGGUGUUCUGGUACACGAUGCUUUGAUUCCGAAAAUAUGACA